AUGACUGCCUCCGCCUUUCCGCCCGUUCUUCAACGCCCGUGUGUCACGCUCUUGCAUCAGCACCCACCCACCUCUGGCCCUUUCUCAGGUUCUAUGGAGGGGUCAACAGGCCCCACUACGUCUAGCGCCACGUCCGGUCACAGCCGCUCCCUUUCACGCUCAGAAUCUUCCGGAGAGUUUCCUGCAGCUCCUGGAGGCGGGUUGGUAGAAGGAUUGUCGCGCCAGCCGCAAACGAGUGACAUGAAUGGUCCUGGCUCCACCAUGCCAAGCAGGAGGCACACAGUGGAUGGCCAGGGCCAGGCUUUCGUUCCUCGUCAUCCGUUUCUGCAGGGCUUCAGUGGACCUCCCCAAGCUUCCCACCGCGAGCCCCGUGGGGGUGUGGGAGCGUCGCGCAGCCAGCAGCCGCCUGGGCUGCGAACUCGAAGCAGGGGUGAAGCUUCCAGCGUCUGGAAUUUCUCGGCCUCUGGAGAGAGCGGCGAGAACUCGACGUCAGCAGUGGGUUUAGAUCGUCUCUCAUCUGAAACUCGCCGCGGUUCCAGAAAUGGGCCAGAUCCUGCUGGGAAAGCAACCAGUGGAGACACCAGUACACACUCCUUUAUAGCAGCCAGGAGGGAUGAAGGUUCAAGUGCUGGAGCCAGUGAGAGUGGCUCGACGACCGCUGAAGCAGCGACGUCGGGAGCUGUGAGCGGCAAAGGCACAGACAGCACAGGCGGAGGGCGCGGGUCUCCAGAGGAUAGCCAAGCGCUGGUUGACUCUCGAGAUGGCUCCAAUCCGGGAGAAUGCGCGGGACACAUUGCUGAUGGACCGACAGGGAAAGGCGCGGGUGCCAACCGAAUAUACACGCGGGACCACGGAGAAAAGGAGACCACCGCGUUGCGAUCGCCAGCGGCGACUCCGUCCACCCCGCCGGUCGGGCUAGCGGCUACCCCGCAACGUGAGUUGUCUCUGGGGGGCGGAGCGGGGGAAGGAGCAGAGUUGUUGCGGUGUGACUUGAUGUGGAUCGCAUCCGGGAACAAGGGGGGCCCCAUCACCCCUGUUGAGAGCUGUGAAUUGCAUCCGAUUGUGAUCAUUCGCGAUCGGAAAGGAAGGGUGUUUGACGACGACGAGGAGUGUGCAGAGAAUCCGAUAGGCAAAUCGUCGGAGAUUUUUUUCCGUUGGAUGCGCGGGCCGCCCCGGGCAGUUUGCACCUUCCAUCCGCAGCGGACUGCAUCACUGCAGUGCGUCGUGACGCUGCGCUGCUUCUGCUGCUAUGACUGCUUCCGGAAAGGAUAUAAACAACUCCACAAAUUCUACAGGACGCGUGGCAUGGCCUCUAUUUUGCCUCAUCCGAACUCCCACACAUACGGGGUUCCCUGCCGUCCUUUCGACUGGAGCGAUUUCGAUGCAAAUCGCCAUUUCGAUGCAGAACAUUUGGCUCUCCUGAAGCAGGCAGGGCUCGUGGCAACAGAAGGCGAAGAAGGGAACUGGCAGCCGGUGUCCACUAAUCGAAACUACACGCCCACGAAGGCUGACGUGGGACACCAACUUAGACUCGAGGCUCUGGUUGUCGGGCGCACGGCGCUGGCACAACUGAUUGAAAAUGAAAUUGAGCGUGGGUUUGGGGGGCCGAAUGGCGACGGAGGGCAAGGUGCUUUGGAGUCGGCUACAGGAGAUGCGGAGGUCUGCGGCGGCGCGGCGGUGGAUGGCCAGUCGAGAAGCACACGUACGUCGGCGGGGGAAGCAAUAGAAGGAGGAUCUGCGGCCUCGCGGCGUGGAGAGGGCGCGAGGCGGCUUUCGCAAGGUGGUGCGUCAAGUGAUGGGCGGUUUUUAGGGACUCGACGAGGGAGUCAGUCAGAGGGCGCGGGGGGGCGUGCCGACGCAGGCCCGCCAGAAGGCCCUCGGAGCCAGAACACGGUGGCGGGGAGGAGCAGCAACACGCGUGGCAGCAGUGCAAUAUCCACAGCGGUGCAGAAGAGUGGAGAGCCACAUCAAGGCAGCAGCUCCUCGUCCGAGGAUGAUUCAUCGCGCUUCCUUGUGAACGGCAAACCUGUCGACAUGGCGCUGGCGGCCAAACUUGCCUGGGCAGCUGCGUCUCUCCACGACUCAAGUCACUACCGUCAAGUCUCCACAGGAUGCUGCGUUCCUACGGUCGAUACGGUGCCUCGCCGCAGGAGACGGUUGGCGUCUGUUCCGCUGGCGCCUCCCAUGCAUGGGAUGGCACAGCCGCCUCAGCACCAGCCGCAAGCCUUGGGGCCGCCAGGCGCUGCUUCGCAAGUGGGGACUCUUCCACCUCACAGCCUGCAGGCUGUGAGGUGGAAGAGUCACCACAGGCAGUCGAGUCCGCAUGAAGUGGGUCGGUCAUCCGAUGGAAGUUUGCAGCUGCCGCCCUCUGCGCGUCUCGGCGGAGCGUUCCCCGGGCCAGGCGGCCGAGUCGCUGCCGCUGCACGAGAUCGGUUCCUUGCUCCUUCCGAUGAACUGCGAGCAGCCGCGUACGGCGCACGAAGUGGGGGAUCAGCGAGGGAGGGGGCUGACUCGUCGACAUUGGGUGGAGGCGUGGUGGCGUUCUACGCAGGGGAGAAUGACGGCUCAGCGUACCCCGGUUCCAGCAUUUUUGGCGCCGGGUUCUCCUCGUCCCCCUUCGGCGUCGGAAGCACAAACGGGCUGUGUGAUUUCGCGCGUGGUGGCGGCUCGGGCAACGCUGCUGCUGCUCUGUUGCCGUCUUACGGGUCAAACGCAGGCGGGAUUACGUGUCACCAGCCGGCAGGCGGCAGCGCCCGACUGUUCCACAACAGCCCCGGGCCUAGCGCAGGUGGGCACGGCAUGGGGCGUGACGGCGGGCUGCUAGGAGGCGAGCUGGAAGGAGCUCAGCAUGCGUCACGUGCUGGAGGAGUCUUUGAUGAUUCGGACAGUGACUGCUGUCUCAGCAUAGAGGGAAGCUGCACCAGCGGCUGCGCAGGAACUCCACGACGACUUGGCAGCCAGGAUGGAAGCCAGAUUCGCAGCAGGAGCAGCAGCUCCUGCGCCCUCGAGGAGCUGUCUCCGGAGGACGCCGGACAGUUCAACGUUACGGUCAUGACGUGGAACGUGCUCGCCGAACUCUAUGGCACUCUGGAUGCGUUCCCCCACUGUGAUGCCUACAUGCUAGCUUGGCCUUAUCGAAGGCAACGGAUUCUCGACGAGAUCGUCGCUCACGACCCCGAUGUUAUCUGCCUGCAGGAGGUGCAAAGCGAACAUUUUGAAGACUUCUUCCUGCCUCAGCUGGCUCGCCGGGGCUACAACGGUGUCUACAAGCAGAAGACGAUGGAGAUCUUCACAAGCGGUAGUGGAAAGAAGAGCGGCGGCAAGUUCACGAUGGACGGAUGCGCAACUUUUUAUCGAAAGUCGAAACUCACCAUCGUGGACCAGUGCGGUUUGGAGUUCAGCCAACUCAUCAAGCAGGCGUCUCGUGAGCAGUUGCCUCGUCAGUUACAGAGACAAGCCAUCAAGCGUCUCCUCAAAGACAACGUGGCUCUGCUUCUGCUUCUCGAGGUGAAGAACGAGGGCGAUACUCGCGCAGCGGCCAAAGCGGAGGAAACUGACAGGGGCCGCGACACCGGAGAGCGUCGGAAUGAUGACCGCGGCAAUCGCAGCAGUAGUGACAGUAGAGCUCUUUCUGCGUCAGCGGGCACGCGCUCGUGGGCCGAUUCCGCGAGUAGUCCGCCGGAGUCUGCCGGUGCGACGUUUUCACGGGGGCGCAUGCAGGCUACAGCUGGCUUUGUCAGCGGAGGCGGAAGUCUUCUCAGCGGCGCAAAUCGCGCAGAGUCGGAAAAUCCGCGAGGCAGUCGCGGCGCGCAGGAAGAGGACGCCGAGCCCGUCCGCUCGACGCUGCGGGCAACCGCUCCGGCGUGGGGAGAAGCCCCGCGUUUCGUUUUGGAUCACGCAGCGCAGGGCGGUGGAAUGGAGGGAGCGCAGUGGGGACUGUCUCUCGGAUCUAAUGGACCGGCAGGUUUGACCGGGGCGCGACGCAAACUUCUCCUAGUAGCCAACACGCACAUCGUCGCGAAUCCCGAGUCCAACGACGUGAAAAUCUGGCAAGCACAGACUCUAGUCGGGAUGAUGGAGAAGUACUUGCUGGCGUUCCGCCCUCCCGCCUACAUCGAUUCCCCCUGCCUCACCCCAGCUGCAGUCCUGUGUGGAGACUUCAACAGCACGCCAGACAGUGCGGUCUACCAGCUGGUGGUGACGGGCCGCUGCGAUCGGCAGCACAUCGACCUUGCGUCCGAUCGCCACGGCCUGCUCACUGAGCUGAAUCUUGGCCACAGCAUCCCUCUCAAAUCUGCGUACGCCGUUAGCAAAGCGUUAAAAGAUGGUUUGAACCCGCACGAUUUCUACGACCUGCGACAGUCCGAGCCGGAGUUCACCAACUACACGGGGAGCUACACAGGCUGCUUGGAUUACCUCUUUUUCACUGACACCGUGUUGCGCGUUCGCGAAAUUCUUGAGCCCGUCGACUCCAAACAGCUGUUCCGGGAAGCGCGAGCGCUGCAACUCCUCCACCAAGCGCUGCCGAGUCCCCUGCGCCCAUCAGACCACAUUCCUCUGUUAUGCAAAUUCGAGUGGAUAGCGUGA